GCGGCCGCGCGCCGGCGGCGGAGGGGCGGGGGCGGGGGCGGACGGGAGCACCGGGAGCGGCCCCGGCCCUGUCCCGGUCCCGGUGCUGGGCCCGGCCCGGUAUGCGCCCGGGGACAUGGCCCGGCGGAGCCCGCCCCGCAACGGCGUCGGCGGCCACGACUUCGACGCGAAGAAGAAAAGGAAAGUGGCGGAGAUCUACCAGGCUCUGAACAGCGACCCCAUCGACGUGGCUGCGCUCAGGCGGAUGGCGAUCAGCGAAGGGGGGCUCCUGACGGACGAGAUUCGCUGCAAAGUGUGGCCGAAGCUGCUGAGCGUCAACACGGACGACCUGCCCCCCCUCCCAGGAAAGGAGCUGCGAGAGGACAACAAAGAUUACCAGCAGGUGUUACUGGACGUGCGGCGCUCCCUGCGCCGCUUCCCCCCAGGGAUGCCGGAUGACCAGAGGGAAGGGCUGCAGGAGGAGCUCAUCGAUAUCAUCCUCCACGUCCUCAAGCGCAACCCCCAGCUGCACUACUACCAGGGCUACCACGACAUCGUGGUCACCUUCCUCCUGGUGGUCGGCGACAGGCUGGCCACGGCUCUGGUGGAGAAGCUCUCGACGCACCACCUCAGGGAUUUUAUGGACCCAACGAUGGAUAACACCAAGCACAUUUUGAAUUACCUGAUGCCCAUCAUAGACCAGGUGAACCCCGAGGUGCACGACUUCAUGCAGAGUGCCGAAGUGGGAACCAUCUUUGCGCUCAGCUGGCUGAUCACCUGGUUCGGGCACGUUUUGUCCGACUUCAGGCACGUCGUGCGAUUAUACGACUUCUUCCUGGCUUGCCACCCCCUGAUGCCCAUUUAUUUUGCUGCUGUGAUCGUGCUGUACCGGGAGCAAGAAGUUCUGGACUGCGAGUGCGACAUGGCCUCUGUCCACCACCUCCUGUCCCAGAUCCCACAGGACCUUCCUUACGAGACUCUGAUCAGCAGAGCUGGGGACCUCUUUGUCCAGUUCCCUCCAUCCGAGCUCGCCAGGGAGGCAGCGCAGCAGCAGGCUGAACGAACCGCGGCUUCCACUUUUAAGGACUUUGAGUUGGCGUCAGUGCAGCAGAGACCGGACACUGUGUUGAGACAGCGCUUCAGGGAGCGGCUCCGAGGGGAGGAGCGGACGAAAUCCAUCUUGACAAAGCCCAGGACCAACCGCUUUGUCAAGCUGGCGGUGAUGGGGCUGACGGUCGCGCUGGGAGCAGCCGCCCUGGCCGUGGUGAAGAGCGCGCUGGAGUGGGCGCCCAAGUUCGAACUGCAGAUUUUCCCCUGAAGCCGGAGGACGCCCUUUCCCCGUCUCCGCGUCCCACGCCGAUACGGGGCGAUGUUUGCUGAAAGGACGUGUCUGGAAGCGACCUAUCUCAAGUUUUCUAUUCUUGGCCUUCGCAAGAGACUGGUGGGAACCAGCCCGGGAGGAUUGCUCCCCGCGCCGACACUCCCCUCGUCCGGCUCCUCCGGCUCUGCGCAGGUGACCACGAGCGGGGAGCUGCGCCUGGGCUUUGCCGAAGCGAUCCCACGGCCUCUGUCGGGGUUGCUCGGUGGGAGUGAGGGCAGAUGCUCGCCUGGAGGAGGGCGUCGCAGCAGGGUUGUGUUGUGUGUGUGUGUGUGUGUGUGUGUGUGUGCAGGGGCGAGGGGCUGUUACACUCCUGAGGAGCCCUCUGGCUCCACCUCACCUCCCGCUGCCUGUGCUCCUGCCUUCUCUCACAUCCGCCAGCGCUCUGACCUUUCUCUUUCCUUUAGGCACCUCUGAGUAGAGGCAAACCUUUCCCAGCACCCUGCCAUGAGGCCGUCUCCCAUGCCUAACACUCCGUGACUCCGUUUGCUUCCUCAUCCUUGUGGUCUGGUCAGUUUGCGGGGCAGAAUGGCAGGGGGCAGGGGACGGGGGCACGUCCGUGGGACCGCUGGAGGGAGCAGGGUCCUGCACCAGGUGAGACGAGUGUCCCUCGUCCACUAGCACUCGCUGCAGACUCUCACAGCUCUGGGAGCGGGUUCUGAAGUGGAGAAAGGCCUUUUUACACCUUUUGAAACAGUUUGCGCAGGACAGAAGCCGUUGGUGUAGGAGCCUGUCACAGUUCUCCCCCACGAACUGAUCAGACCAGCAUCACCCACCGGGAUAACGUGAGGGAUUUCCCGGGAAGACCACCCCGACCCCUGCAUCCCCCGACCCCUGCCUGUCCCCUAACAGCCUGGCUGCUCCCUGCCCGCCGGGGAAGCUCAGCAGCACUCUCCUAAAGAGCUCCCUGCCCCCCUGACUCAAAGCCAACAGACACUAUCUGCCUCUACCUCUCCCCCGAGCUGCUAAACCCUCCCGCAAGUGCCCUUACCUGCCCCGUGCCGCUUCCCCCCCAGCUGCCUGCCCCCGCUGCCUCGUGCCCAAAGCCGUCUGCGCCGUGCCCGGGGGCUGCACGCCUGAAAAGGCAGUCAGUGUUGGUUUAAAGAGUUGCAGAUUUCUGGUUAUGGAGGAAAACCUCACGCCCUGCGAGGCUCAGCACCCUCCCGUCCCCAGCCACCCGUGUGGGAAUUCAUCACCACGCCGUGCGUCGGGUUGCUCUGGGGGCUCACCUGGUGCAGGUUGGGGAAGCAGGACCUGUUCCCUCACCCGUGGCAGCGUCUGGUGGCCGUGCCGCUCGCUGUGCCCGUGGCUGGCUCGUGCUGGGGCUGUCCCUGCUGCUCCUGAGGGCUGGGGGCAGCCCGGGGGGCUCUCCGGUCCCGCGGCCGAGGGCAGCAGGGUGCGAUCCUGCACGCACCGGGGCCGGCCGGGCAGCACCGGUGAGGGGGGCAGGCUGUGACUUAGCACUUUAGAAAUUCGUGGUACAGGAGAGUUUGUGGUGGCCGUGCCGUGAGCCGGGGGUGCUGCCGGGGGUCCUGUCCCCCACCCGGGGCAGUUCAGGACCCCCUGCCCCCAGCUGAGGGGCAGCUCCGGCAGCCCCGCGCGCCGCCCACCCUGCACUUUAGUUCCUGCGUUGUCCGGGGCCGGGAGGUGGUCUCUUGGGGUGCUUCAGUUACUCUGUACAGAUUAUACAUACCUGUGUAAAUGCAGAUUUGUACAAACCCUCUAACUGUAAAAUAAACACUUGCUAAACACG